CCUCUUUGGGUACCAGAACGGCAGAGGGAUGCUCUGAGCUCAGCUGCUCUGGCCAAAGGAAAGCCUGGCCUUGAAACCCUCUGCCUUUCCCUUUCCAGCUGAGAUGGACUAAAAAAAAAAACCCAGAGGGGGCAGGAGAAGAGCCCCAUAGAAAGCACCCCUCACUCACUCACUCAAACCUUACUGGGCCCAAGGAUCUGCAAAAGCAUGGAGUUAAAGAGAUCCAUCUCUGCCAGCGUGGGAGCAGAGAAGCCCCCGAGACGGUAUGGGGCAGUGGAAGAAAUGGAGAGGAAGGCCGAAGGGCUGGGGAAAAAUCAACUUGACAUCAUUUCAAUGGCUGAAACAACCAUGAUGCCUGAGGAGAUAGAACUGGAGAUGACCAAGAUCCAGAGGCUUCGGGAAGUCUUAGUCAGAAGAGAAUCAGAGCUGAGGUUUAUGAUGGACGAUAUCCAGUUGUGUAAGGACAUCAUGAACCUUAAGCAAGAGUUGCAGAGUUUAGUUGCAAUCCCAGAAAAAGACAAGACAAAGCUCCAGAAGCAAAGAGAAGAUGAACUGAUCCAGAAGAUCCACAAACUAGUGCAGAAAAGAGACUUUCUUGUUGAUGAUGCAGAAGUGGAAAGAUUAAGGGAGAAGGAGGAAGACAAGGAGAUGGCCGAGUUCCUUCGAAUCAAAUUGAAACCCCUAGAUCUCCUUGUAAGAUCUCCUAUAGGUACGCCCACAGAGAAGAAGGCAAAACCUCCACCUCUUCCUCCAAACAAGCCCACCAUUGCUAAAACAGGAAUUGCUAUUAUUAAAGAUUGCUGUGGGACCACCCAAUGCACCAUCAUGUAGCUCUACCCAUUCUCUUGGGCAUGCCUUCUUUUUAACACAUCUACCUGAUGGAUGAAAAACUGUAGCGGGGGAAAGGAAGUAAAGCAUCUCAAAAUCUUGAUAGUUGCGUUUCCUGUACUGUUUCCUACAGUAACUGUUGUAGUGCUGAAUGUAUCACUUGGUGACUCCUUCACUGUUGCAUGGAUCACUCAGCGAGCAUGCCUAGGUAAGACAAGAAAUAUAUCUCAAUAUAACUAUAUCCAGAGUAC